CGCCCUUCUCCCCCCCCCCCCUCCUUCCCCUCUCCCCUUUCCCCUCCUUCCCUGUCCCCAUCUGUCCCGCGCUGGAUCCUGGCCAUGCUUGCUCGCUCGGCCCUCCUUUCGCGGACCCUCAUUGGCACGGCCUCGGCCGCUGCCCGGGUGCCGGCCAUGCUUGCCACCGCCCCCGGCCCCCGCUGCCUCGGAGGGCUUCUGGCGCCACGCGUGGGCCUCGCGCCGGGCACCUUUGGCGCCACCCUCGCCACCCGGGACUUCUCCUCGGCUCGCCGGAAGGCCGGGAUCACCCGGCAAUUCGGCGAUGGGUCCACCCCCUCCCGGCCGAGGCCCUCAUUUAGCGCACGUAUCGGACAAACUCGCACCAGCGCCUCGAAGGAGAUCUUCCAGCACCAGCAGCGCGUCCAGCAGGCAUCGGGAAUGGGCCGCGCCGGUGCUUCGGCUGCAGCCUCCCGCAAGGGCAAGCUGCUGUCCAUUCCUGCGGCCGUGGCGCGGACCCGUCGUCGUCGGGAGGAUGCCGCCGCGGCGGCCGCCGCUGCCAGUGGCACCGCUGGGCCUGGCUCCGGCGGAAGCUCGCGCACUGAUCGCGAAAUUAUGACUCUCAUCCGGAAUCAGAAGGUCGCACGCUUCUCCGUCCCGGAUGACGCGCAACUGCGCGGGCAAACUGCCUCCGUCAUCAAUCGCCUGAUGACCCCCGAGGACAAGAGCCUGCAGGAGAUGUUCCGCACCGGCUUUUCCAAGGUGGUCUUCUGCAACCACCCGGCCGACUUCCCCUACUCCGAUGAGCAGAAGCGCGAGUCCCCGAACCCCAACAAGCGCCGUCGCCGCGUCGGCACGGAAAUUGCUUUCCUCGGCCGUUCCAAUGUCGGCAAAUCCUCGCUGCUCAACCGCCUGACUGGCAGCACCUUUGCCCCGGUCAGCGAUCGCCCGGGUGAGACGCGGACUUUCAACUUCUACCGUGUCAAGGGCCUCGAGGGCAUUGGCCCGACCAAGGCCGACCAGCCGGAAAAUCGCGCCGUCCUCGUUGAUCUGCCCGGCUAUGGGUUUGCCUUCGGCCGUGCGGCCCGCGUGCACUCCUGGCGCAGGAUGAUGCUGGAGUUUGCCGCCUUCCGACCUGGACUCUCGCGGGUUUUCCUGUUGGCCGAUGCCCGUCACGGUCUGAAGGCCAGCGAUCGCGACUUCAUCCGGCGCUUCGAGAAUUGCCCCACCCCCCCACCGGGAUGGGUCCCGCCGCGCCCGGUUCGGCCGACCGUCCCCCCGGAGCCUGGCACCACCAUCACCAAGGAGGGCGAUGUUUGGCCCCCUCUGCUGGCCGAUACGCCGCUUGAUGCCGGGGCCCUGUCCGACGAUGACCUGGAGUCUGGACCAACCAUCUACAAGUACAAUCGCGCUAAGUUCCAGGUUGUCCUGACCAAGUGCGAUCUGGUCAAGGAACGCGACCUCCUGCAAGUGGCCCAGUCCAUUGAGAAGGAACUCGCGGACUACAAGUAUGCCGUUAAGGAAGUUAUGUUUGUGAGUUCGCGCACGGGUGCCGGUGUGGCCCAGCUCCGCCGCGAGGCGGCCUCCUGCUUCGGACUGCGCCUUGUGAAUCCGUCCGGAACGUCUGCCAAGAACACCUCGGCCCCCGGCGACCAUGCCCAGCAGCCUGUCGUUCCGGUUGCCCCCGUGCCCAGCUCUGCUGAGGACACCUCGGCUGGACCUGCGUCGCCUGCUCCAUCGGCUCGGGUUCUCGACCCGGAGGUGGUCGAGCGGAGGAAGGCCAAGAAGAAGGCCAAGAAGGCCAACAAGAAGCAGGACGGCCUCUUCGUCAAGUAUGAAUACGUCUCGCGCAAGGACCUAGACAAGCGUGGCCGGUGAAAGUCGGGAUUGUCGUCCUCCCCAUCCAUCAGGGCUACCAUUCUUCUCACUCCCC